AUGGCUGUCAACUCCAAAGACCCCAACGUCCAACUCUUGGCCUUCAACGGGAACAAGAAAAGCUUCAGCGUGUGGACCCAGAAGUUCAUAAAGCACCUCAAGGCAAUGACCACCGUGAAGCAAUUCAAGGACGCCUUUGGUGAAGCCCAGCCCGUGCACUUACUCUGGGCCACCAUCGAGCAGUGCUAUGAGGAGUCUAACGUCAAUACGGUUAAGCCCUUGGUCGGCCAAUUGAUCUAG